AACGCGUGGUCACCAUGAAGAGCCAGAGCCUUCCCCUACUGUCCCUCCUCCUGGCUGCUCAGGGGCUCCUGGUGGAGGGCAUGUUGAGACCUUGGCGAGGACGCAGCUCUGUAAGCUUCUGGGAGCCACCGAUCAGUCCCAGCCAGUACCCAUCUGUGCAGAGAAGCUCUCAGCAAGAGUAUCUGGUUACUCGCCAGAUCAUCACCCCAGACCAGGCCCAAUGCCACCUGACCAUGAGAGAGUCAGGGGAGGCUGUCACCCUGAGGGUGGAGUGCACCCAAAUGGGCCACGACUUCUCCUGCAUCUUUGCUGGCAUCCCAACCUCCUGCCCAGUGUAUCCUGAAAACGCCGUCAUCUACUGGAGGCAGAUCUCCAACAGCUUGAGUUUGCAGAAUAAUAUCUGUGCCAACUCCGGCGCGGUCCUGAGCAGCAGGGUGUGUGGGAGCGGCUUUCCAGAAUCUAACCUCAAGCUGGUGUUCUCCACCUUCUGGGACCAUGGGAACGCCAUGCCCACAGUCCACGAGGGUCUCACCACUCAGCCAAUCACCACUGAGCAGACUGGCACCGUGCCACCAACAGCCACUGAACAGACCAGUGCUCGACAGCCAGUCACCACUGAACACGCUACAGCUGUGCCACCAACCCACCCCUGAACAGACCGCGGUUGACCAGACCACUACCAACGAACAGACCACUGCUGUACUGUCAGCCAUGAGUGAGCAGGCCACCACUGAAGGGAACCCUCUAGAAUCACCAGCUACCACACAGCGAAUCAUCACUGAGCAAAUUCCAUCAAAGUGAACCCCUCUGCAUCAGCAACACUAGAGCAGAAUUCUGUCACAUAACUUCCAACCUCUCAAUAAUUAGCCGCUGAGUGGACCACCACCUGAAGAGUCCACCAUCACUCAACAGACUUGCUGUGCAGACCGGAGCAUCCCUGGACAGCCCACUGCUACACAACCAACCAUAACUGAAGAGACCCCCUGCUGAACAGCUAGCUAAUCACUGGACUAGCCCAACACAUCACAUCUACAGCUACCACUGAACAGACCACAGCUACUGAGAAGAUCUCAGAACAGACCACCAGUACCCAACCCACCACCAUGGAGAAGACCAACACUGAGAAGACCACCAUUACACAGUCUCCCACCACUACUGCCACAACCACAGGUGAACAGACCAUCAUGACAGCGGAUUACCGCUGAGAAGACCACCACCAAGGUUUCCUCCAACAACUCUGUCAUCAUGGCCAAGCUGAAGGUACUUCAGGAGAUGGUCCCAACUAGUCAGAAGGCAGAUCCACAGUCCCAGCAGGAUGCAGUGCAACAGACCUACCAGGACAAGGCGAGGCAGGAACACCUGGCUGUGAGGUAGGAGAACUUCCGGGAUGCAAUGUGGAGAGUCCACCAGAAUGAACAACAGCCUUCUUAGCAGCAUGAGAUGCAACGGAAUGACACGGAACCAUCCUACCAGGCUGGAACAAACAGAUGCAUUCUUUUCGGAUGAGGUGUGGCUAAUCUUACAGGAUGAGAUACAGCAAAAAUACCCAGAUGCAGCCCAGUAGUUGUUUAUGAAUUUAACUAAGAGACAUACCUGGAUACAGCCCCACCCCCCCACACACUCACUUGCUAUUUCAGAGACAUCUUCUUCAUACCUAUAGGCAUGAUGUUACAGGAAUAACGAUCGUAAUGUGACUAAAACAGAGUCAGUUAGGGUAUGUUGUCUCCUUAUGCUGUCAUCUCACCAAGUUCUCCAUGACACACGGCCCUUUUGUUCUCUGGGAUCAUAUUGGAAUACUUAAAGAGAUGAUGAAAUUAUUGUCUUCAGAUGUUCUGUAUGUCUGUCUGUGUGACUAUCAAGGCUGCUGACUUAAGGCUGUCCCCAUGGCUCACAGGAGGGGUGUGUCUGCAUGUGGUGUCUUUGAGC